AUGACAGUUCUAUCUCUUAUGAAAUAUUUGAUGUUUGUGUUCAAUGGACUAGUGUUUGUCGCUGGCAUCUCUCUCCUGUGCGUGGGCAUUUGGGUGAUUGCUGAUCCUGAAGGAGUCCGGAAUGUCAUCUCUAGCUCAUACCUCAGUGCAGGGGUUUUCCUUAUCAUCUUUGUAGGAGUGGCACUUUCAUUCCUUGGUUUCUUGGGCUGUUAUGGAGCCAUCGCUCGAAACAGGAAAGUGUUGUUGCUUUUCUUUCUGCUGAUACUGCUUGUGUUCACUGUGGAAAUUGUAGCUGCUAUACUCAUUCACAUCCAUGGACAAAAGAUACGAGAUGAUUUUUUGCUGACUCAGCUACAGCAGAAUUACCAAGGAGAUAACAGCUCUGAUGUGUUCUCCAGAACUUGGAACACAUUAAUGAUCAUGUUUGCAUGUUGUGGCAUUUCAGGACCUGAUGAUUUUCAGGAGUGCUCCUCUUUCCGGGAGAAGCAGCCGGAUGACUUGUGGCCUCACGCCUGCUGCACUCAUGCCAGCUUCAAAAAGAGGACUCAGCCUCUGGACUUGAACCACUGUAAACAACGAGAUCCUAUAUUUAUCAAUAGCCAGGGUUGUUUCUCCACAAUUGCCAGGAUAUUGAAGAAAUAUGUCUCCAUCACUGAAGGCUGUUGUUUUGGAGUCAUAGCCAUUGAGAUGUUUGCCAUGUUCUUUUCAUGUUGCCUCUACCGCUACUUUGACUGAAAACACCUGCUUGGCUCUGAGGAAACAGAUCAUAUGGCAAAUGAAUUACCUGUGGAUACAGCAUUGAAUUGUUCAAUCAAACCAGAAAUAUUAGCCUCCAAACCAAGGUUGGGCAGCUGCACCAGGGAUGGUAGCCAGUUUUUACCGUUGUGUCCCCGCCACCCUAAAGUUGCACCAGUUUUCAUUAAGCUUUAUUUCUGUCACUUUUAGCUUUGAUUUAGCUUUAUUUUUAGCUGACUUUCAGUUUUCUCUAA